CGAGCUGCUGCGUGCGCGAUAAGGCUACCCCAACCAACGUUUCAUCGUAACAUUAUCAUCGACACUCCAGCCAUCAUCAUGAUCAACAGCAACAAGGUCUUCGCCCUGUUCGUCGCCGUUGUGGCCGUCACGAGCGGCGUGCACGCCGACAAGGAAGCUGCGCAGGGGGACUACGGUGGCACGGGUGGAACCAGCGGCGGCAUGGGUGGCAUGGGGGGCGGCCUCUCAGGCCUCUCCAAGAUGAUGCCUGGGGCGGGCGGAAUGGGCGGCGGAAUGGGCGGCAUGCCCGACUUCAGCAAGAUGAUGUCGGGAAUGGGCGGCACUGGCGGGAUGUCGAGCUUCUCCAAGAUGAUGCCUGGAAUGGGCGGUACGGGUACUGGCGGUGCUUCUGGGGGUCUCUCCAGCCUCUCCAAGAUGAUGCCUGGCGCGGGCGGCGCCGGCACCAGUGGUGGGAUGGGCGGCAUGCCCGACUUCAGCAAAAUGAUGUCCGGAAUGGGCGGCGCCGGUGGCGGUUUUCCGGGCAUGAGUGGAGGUUUCUCCAGUCUCAGCAAGAUGAUGCCCGGUGCAGGUGGAAGUCCGGGUACGGUUCACGCGCCUGGCGCUACUGGCACUAGCACCGGCACCGGCACUGGUACUGGCGCGACCGGUUCAACGCAGAAGACUUACCGCAGUCUCCGCUCUGAGUAAG